AUGCGUGCACGAGCAUCUCUUAAUUCUUCUGCAGUCGUGGAAGGAAAUGAACAACAAUCAUUAGAUGUGGUCAAUGUUUUAGCUGCUCAAACUGAAGCAAGUAUGUCAAGUACAAGUUUUGCUAUUCCUCGACGAGCAACUAUAGAUGCUGAUGGCAAACCACAUAAAGUAACUAUUGGUAUACUUGAUCUAACUUCAACAUUUACUUAUACAGUUAUACCAAAAUUAUCACUUCAUGCUUAUCUUAAAGCAUCAACAGUAAAUACAUCCGAUAAACAACUUCUAAUUGGACCUGCAUCAGUAUUUAUGGAUAAUAAUUUUAUUACUCAUAGUGCAAUCGAUAAUGUAUGUGUAGGUGACACAUUUGAUCUGCCAUUAGGUACAGAUGCAAGUGUCAAAGUAGAAUACAAACCAGCAAGAAAACUCACUGAUACUCAAGGUCUUAUUUCAAAAGUACAUCAUGAAAAUAUUCGUUAUGAAACACAUCUUACUAAUACAAAAUCAAGUGAAAUUACAGUUUAUGUUUAUGAACAAGUUCCAUUAUCAUCUGAUGAAAAGAUUAAAGUUAAAUUAAUAAUACCUGAUUUACGAUCGAAAGAACAAGGUUUGAAUUAUACAGUAACAAUGAAUGAUUCGAAUAACUUGGAAUGGAAAUGUAUUUUAUCAGCAAAAGGUGAAUGUCGUUUACCUCUUGAAUAUAUUGUUGAAUGGCCAAUAGAUAAACGUGUCGAAUUUAAACAAGUUAAUUAA